UCCCCGAAAAAUCAUCAUUUCUUACUAAAAUUUCAGAUAAAAAGCAUGGGAAUCCGCGGAUUAGACACUUUUAUUAAGACAAAAGUCAAAAAUGGGACUCGAAACGUAAAAGUAGAUCAGGAAAUUCAACAAGAAAAACAAAAAACCGGCAAAGAUGUACUUCUCGUCAUCGAUUUGGACUCGAUGAUGAACCAUUGUUGUACCAUUGACGCAGAGAUGCUUUGUGGAAUGCGAACAGAAGUUUAUUGUGCUCGAAUUGACGAAUUCUUCCAAAAAUUACUCAUUGCCGGAGCAAAGUUGAUUUUUUUCAGCGACGGACCUCCUCAAGAUGACAAACAUCCGACCUGGAUUCAAAGACAGAACCGAAAAUACGAAGAACAAUUGGCGGUAAUUGAUAAAAUUGAGCAUCACGUGCCUUUGAGAGAAAUUCUUGCAGCGGGAUGUCCAACAACAACUUUGAUUGGCUCCGUUUUGAGGAAAAAAGCGAAAAAAUAUGGAUCGUUGCAUAUUUCCAUGGAUAACGAAUGUGAUUUGGAAUUGGCAGCUUUUGCAACGAAAAAUGCGGCUUUUGCGGUUUUAGGUGAUGACUCGGAUUUUUUAAUUUAUGCGGGAGAAUGGCAAUAUUGGUCCGUCAAGCAAAUGGAUGAGGAAAAAAUGACAACGACAGCGUAUAAUCGAGCAGCGUUGAGAGCUCAUCUUGCCUUAUCGCAGGAACAAAUGCCCGUUUUUGGAGCGUUAGGCGGAAAUGAUAUCGUACAGUUCGAGGAUAUCAAGGGAUUUCACAAUCGCAUCGGAUGGCGCGAUAAAUUCGACAAUAUUGCACAUUAUGUGAGACCUUUGCCGUUGAAUUUCGUCGAACGAGAGGAAAUUUUCGACAAAAUUACGCGAGAUGUGUUUUCCCACAGAUCAGAUUGGCAAAAAUUUAAAAGUUUUUUGAAGAGCGGCAUCGAAAUUUAUAAUUAUAACUCUAUAAAAUCCGAAAAACGAACUGAAUUUUUGCAAAAGUUGUUGGAAAAUAAUUUGACGGAUGCUUUUGCGUUAUUUAAACAAUAUCCAUACACAAGUACGACACUUUUUCAAGAUAUGAGAGACACAAGUAAGAAACCUUACAGUCAAAUGGCUUUGGAGAUAAGAGCAAAAAUGGUUGGAGCUAUGUUUAAAAAUGUCAACGACCCGAAUUUACAAAUGAAAGUUGUGAUAAAAAUGUCGCACGAAGAUCCGUAUCGACAGAUUUUGUGGAAACCGAAUUAUCCGAUAUUUAACGUGCCUUCGCCUGAAAAACUCAUAUUUCGCGAUCCAAAUGACGGAUUAGAUGAGAAACGAAAAGAAAUUCUUCGUUGGAUUUUGCUCGGAAGUCAUUUCAUCCCAUUAAACACUGAUAGACUCUUUAGUUUACCUCAAGAACUAAUUCUUCCUGUUGCUACAUUAUUCUACCUCGUGAAAGAAGGAAAUCUCUCAAUCUAUCUCGCUGACAUUCUGCUCUUAACUGUUCUUAACUCGGCAAAUGUUCACAUGGAUCCUCCGGAAUAUUUGUUCAAAGAUGCUUUUACUGCCUCAUUUUUAUAUCUGAAAAUGUUUCAAUUUCUCGUGAAAGUCUUCAAAGUAAUUGGAUUGCGUGAUUUUGCGCCGACAGUGAAAUUUGACGGAUAUUUGUUUCACAAAUUGCAUCAACAGAAUCUCAAGUUUUGCAAUAUUGAUGUGAGACAGAUCGAAAAUCUGAGAAUUUUUUAUCAAUAAAAAAAAGUUUUAU